AUGGCAGGACCCAAUUCCCAUACCGCGACGACAACAGAACUCCCCGCGCAAACCCCAGGUCUCCGCGCCUCGCGCCUACACCAGGUCUUCGAUCAAGCACUAGCACGCACGCUCCGCGCAAACUCAUACGCCAAUUUCUCCGGCUGUUUCCCGACGCCGGCACGACAUGUUCCGGCUAGUUUGGAGAGCGUGUGGAGACAGUUGAAUGCGAAGUUGGAGGAGAGUGCGAAGGCGGAGUUUGAGGAGAUUCUCGAGGAAAGGGAAGCUGUGAGGCAUUUGAACGAUUUGGAUCGAUUAGUUGCGGAGGCGAGGGUGCGCAAGGAGAACGGGAAUGGGGAGGCAGGUGGUGGAAAUGCGCCUCAUACACUCGGUGCGGAAGAGCUUUACAAAGCUCAUUUAACGCCGUACCUCCGGGAAGCGGAGGCGACGCUGAAUGGCAAACUCGAGGAGACGCAUGCGCAGAAUGCAGAGUUGGCGCAGACGGUGCAGGCGCAGAGGCGGGAGAUUGAGAAGCUCUUGGCGCAUCUUGAAUCUGUCGUUACGGAUAUCGAGGGCGCUGCUACGGCGGCUACGGAGUUUAGCAAGGAGCAUCAUAUCCGUCAGGAUGCGAUUCAGAUGGAUCGGGAAGUGCACGCCCGUCCGGGUGCUUGA